GCUCCAUCUCUCAGUCUUAGCAGUAGUGGAUGACAUGGAAUCCAGUCGGCGGCGACCCCAACGAAAGAGCGCCAUACAUGUACCGUCUACCACGUACGUCAUCACCCUCUACACGUGAACCACCCACCGCGCAAACCCAACUUGAACCGAACCGACUUCGUGUAAAAGAUUGAGCGCUUGGGCGACAAUGAUGAGCGCUCUCUAGCUAGUGGGCUACAAAGGCGGUUCGACUAUCGCGACCAUGUCAUUCCAACAAGAGCCCUUCCGUCUCUUCGACACCCCGAACUACGGCUUCCCGCCCGAGGCUUUCGACACCUCUCUUCUGCCCGAUGUCGACGUUGAAUUUUUGGAUCAGGAGGACAUUCGCGCAUUCGAGCGUGCACUGCAGGCACCUGACCCUCUGCAAAGCCCCGUAGACGAGACUGGGAGCUUGCGCUCGUCACUGCGCAGUCCAUCCCCGGCCAUCACGAAGCGCAAUAGCCAGGCCGGUAGCGGACUCGAGGAGGAUGUUGGGGCUGUCGCACCAGGCGGCUUUGGACACGAUGGAGCCCAGCCGGCCAUAGCACCUACUUUCAUUACCGCCCAGAACGACUGGGCCCCUGUCAACUCAAAGAUCUACAAAAACAAGCGAGGUUCCAAGCGGAGGCGGAAUGGUGCUGCAAAGGGGGCCGUCGAAGGUCUGUUGGGGACGCGGACGAAAGAUGAAACAAGAGAGGGCUACUUUUAUCAAGUACUGAAGUGGCCGUUGCUCUUGUUUGUCGUUGCCUGGCUUGCAGGUCUCGGCCUGGCCUACCUGUCAACAAGGUUGUACAUUUGGGUCUACGAACACUUCUUCACAUGGCGAGGGAAGCGACAACAGCUCCGGAGCAAUAUGCGUCGGACAGCCAACUACAAGGACUGGGUAGCCGCUGCGAAGGAGUUGGACGGCUACUUGGGACGGCAAGCAUGGAAGGAGGAGAACUCGUAUGCCUACUACGACCACAAGAGCGUGCGAAAGGUCUGGGAGCAGAUGCGAAAGAUGAGAGCCAAGGCAGAGGGGCUCGAGAUGGGGAAGGGUGAUGGUGGUAAAACGGUUGAUGAGCUUAGAGUUUUGAUCGAGGCCUGCGUCAAGAAUAAUUUUGUUGGCGUUGAGAAUGCUCGACUUUACAGCCAGACAUACUACGGCACGAAGAAUCUGGUCCAGAACUUUGUGGACGAGACUGAGAAGAGCCUGAAGUUCAUGCUCAAAACGAAACAACUGACCCAGGACGAGAAGAGAGACCUCUUCAAACACGUCAACGCCAAUUUUGGCCGCACUGCGCUCUGCCUGUCUGGAGGCGCCGCCUUCGCCUACUACCACAUUGGAGUAGCCCGAGCACUCCUAGAUGCCGACCUCCUGCCCGACAUCAUUACAGGGACCAGUGGCGGGGCCUUGGUUUCGGCCCUUAUCGCAACCCGAACGAACGAGGAACUCGACAAACUGCUAGUACCUGCCCUUGCAUUCAAGAUCAAUGCCUGCGGCGAAGGUAUCACAACGUGGUUUCCUCGAUGGUGGAAAACUGGCGCUCGGUUUGACUCUGUAGACUGGGCGGACCGUUGCAGCUGGUGGUCUCGAGGGUCGACAACGUUUCGCGAGGCAUACGAACGCACGGGUCGCAUUCUCAACGUCAGCUGCGUGCCAGCCGAUCCCCAUUCGCCAACGAUUCUAUGUAACUAUCUGACAAGCCCGGACUGUGUUAUCUGGUCAGCUGUGCUGGCUUCAGCCGCUGUACCCGGCAUCCUCAACCCCGUCGUUCUCAUGAUGAAGACUCGCGAUGGAACGCUUGUGCCCUACUCAUUUGGCCAUAAGUGGAAGGACGGGAGCCUCCGGACAGACAUCCCGAUCAAGGCUCUCAACACUCACUUUAACGUCAACUUCACCAUUGUUAGCCAGGUGAACCCACACAUCAACCUCUUCUUCUUCUCUUCCAGGGGCUCUGUGGGCCAUCCUGUCACCCAUCGCAAGGGUCGAGGCUGGCGGGGCGGGUAUAUCAUGUCAGCCUUCGAGCAUUAUUUGAAGCUCGACAUGAACAAGUGGCUCAAGUUCAUCCGGCAUGCUGAGCUCCUUCCACGUCCUCUGGGCCAGGACUGGAGUCAGUUGUGGUUGCAGCAGUUCAGCGGUACGAUUACGAUUUGGCCCAAGUCGAUUCCUUCAGACUUCAUCCACCUCUUGACAGAUCCCGACCCGCCACGUCUUGCGCGUAUGAUACACGAAGGAAAGCAGAGUGCAUUCCCAAAACUUAAGUUCAUUGCGAACAGACUCAAGCAGGAGAGGCUUGUGGAGCAAGGACGACGAGAGACUCGUCCGUGGAUCAGAGACCGUACAUUACACAACAUUAUGAGUGAGGAAGAUUUGAGGAGUCUCCUGGUGGACGACAACGGCACAGGUAUGACGACGGAGGAAGACACCGAUGUUGAGGAUACUGGUUUGAUAAAGGAGAACGCAAAGGGGCUAGAGAUGACAGUGCUUGAGGAAGACGAUAGCGACGCCGAUGCUAAGGUAGCGCAGGGGGGUUGAUUGAUGGGACUUUACUGCACGUAGAAACAAGUAGAUACACGCGAACCAUGUGAGCUGGCAGCAAUCUUAGCCUGGCAAUGGUUCAACCUGGAGACUGGAAUCAAUUAGAAGACCUUCAGUUAUAAUGCCAGGACGAGGCGUUUUGACACGGUGUCGCGAGCUGGAAGGCGCCCUGACGUCGGUGGGGUGUGGGUCCCGG